UUUCCCUUUCAUUUCUUUUUUCUUUUAAAGUAUGCCUGCUGCAUUGACAAAUGGCAAUAGCUUUUGCACUAUUAAGUGCUACCAGCAAGAGAACAAAACUGCUUUUAUUUAAAAAGAAACAAAAAACUAUGUGCUUUACAUCUUUGUUGUAAAAGGUAAAAAGAGGUGGAUGUCUGAUUAGGGGUUGUAACUUCAAGGUACCUUAAGCUUUCUUUAUGUGGAUCACAUCAGUGGAAAAUUCCUUUGUUCAUUUUAGAAGAUAAACAGUUGUAACUUUCACGUUUGGUUGAUGUGACAUCAGUGACUGGCUGGGACUGCCAGCAUUCCAAAAGGGAUAUCAUCCUAAUCUGCAGCCACUCAGGGCCAUGGGGCGGAGCCUGCAGUCCAAGCCAAAACACUUACAGGUGCAUAAGUAAGUAGGGAAGGGCACAGGUGAUGCACCUGUCUCAGGAAAGGAGCACUAGCACAGGUGUGUCAUAACUUACCAGCUGCCUGUGUUAGAGCAUGAGCUCCUUUGAUCCACAAACGCACUCUCCACCACGCUGCAGCCCACAGUUUCCAAAUAUUGGUCAAGAACCUCCAGAAAUGAAUAUCUACUAUGAGAACUUCUUCCAUCCACAGAAUAUUCCUAGUCCACAGCGACCGAGCACCUUUGAGACAACGGACUACAACAGCACACCCAAUCCUUACCUCUGGCUAAACGGACCUUCCAUUACUCCACCACCGUAUCUCCCGGGAUCCAAUGCCAGUCCCUUCAUUCCUCAGUCUUAUGGGAUGCAAAGGCAGCUCCUGCCUAACAUGCACGGCUUGGGAGGAACUGAUCUUGGCUGGCUUCCUCUGCCAUCCCAAGAAGAGCUCAUGAAGUUGGUUAGACCUCCUUACUCCUACUCUGCACUUAUUGCCAUGGCUAUCCAUGGAGCACCAGAAAAGAGGUUGACUCUCAGUCAGAUCUACCAGUACGUGGCUGACAACUUCCCAUUUUACAACAAAAGCAAAGCUGGCUGGCAGAACUCAAUUCGGCACAACUUGUCUCUCAAUGAUUGCUUCAAGAAGGUGCCUAGAGAUGAAGAUGAUCCAGGAAAAGGGAAUUACUGGACUCUGGACCCAAACUGUGAAAAGAUGUUUGACAAUGGCAACUUUCGCAGGAAGAGGAAAAGGAAAUCUGAUAUUGGGGCUAGUUCUGCCCAUCUUACAUCUGAGAAAUCCGAGGACAGUGCCUUGACUGGCAGCCCCAAAGCUGUAGAGCAUCCGGAUCUUUUGGAAAACUCAUCAUCUGGGACCGACAAUCCCCCUGGUAAAGGAUCUCCGCCUCUAUCUUCCAGCAGUCCAUGCCUUAGUAAUUUCAUUUCCAGUAUGACUGCUUACGUUAAUGGCUCUAAUUCAGUGGGCCGCUCAGUGCCAUUGGGACUUAAUGCUGAACCCACUGACAAAAUGGGACAGAAUAUGGUAGGCUUAAAUUCCUACUCUCCACUCUCUAAUGUCCCCAGUCAUGGUGUGGGAGAGUGGUCCAAUUCUAUGCCUCCCAGUCACCUCGGCUAUAGCAACUCAGUGCUCAACCAGUUUAACACCCAUUUUUACAGUAGUAUCAGCACAAAUAACACUCUGUUUUCCAGGGAGGGGACAGAGGUUUAAAUAAGAGAUCUUAAGACAUCAAUAUAUAGCUAUUUAUGAGAGGGAGUGACAGGUGGGUGGAUGAUUAUUGUUAGUCUGUUGUCUCUAGGACCUGCAUUGUGUCCUACCUUCUGACAGCCCCAAACGUUUUAGCUGUUAUCCUUACUCAAGCACUCCACAUUUGGCAGCUCCAUAUAAAAAUGGAGGGAUUUUAACAGCAAGAAUAGUGAAGAGGUCUGCUGGAGAUUGUGUUCGUACUGCUGCCAACCAUGGUCCCCUGUGGACAUCCUUUAGAGGAAUUACUGUUUACCUUAGGAAUGAAACUUUCUGGCAAGGUACUAAUUUUGCUAUGAUGCUUUUAAAGCACUAAUACAUAUUUGGCUGUAUCUGCAAAUUACCUCUCUUGCUUAUACAGGCUGUCUGUACUAGAGAUUCUUGGUAAGUUCUUAUUGGGACAAAGCUACUCUGAGACACUGAAGGAUCUACAGCAAAAACUACUACAUAGUGAGUAAUAACUACUUGAGUGAAUGCCCUCUUUAAAUUUCUCUAACACUAGAGCAUACGUUGCCUCAACUCCGAUGCUGUUUCACCCCUAAGGGAAAUGUGGUUGUGAAGCAGGCUAACAUAAUCAGGGACACAACAUUCACUUUGAAACUGAAACAAAGCAUAACAAAAUAUAAUGGAGCUGCCUUCUGCUGGUGCAAUUGGAUCUUUGUGUUUUAAAUUCUGAGUAAUUUUGUGGAAAACGUGUCUGUACUAUAUAUUUUCUUCCUUUUUGUAACAAAGUCCAUACAAUUGUUUUGUCAUUGUGUAAAUAUUAGGAAUAAUUCUUAUUUUUUUAUAUUCUACUGUAACCACAAACAAAAAUUAAAAUAAAUGAAGUUUUUUCAAACCAAUAAUUGAAUCAAGUUUCAUAUUUAUGUAAAAUAAUACCUCAGACUGUAGAGCCUGCAACAUAUGUAGGCACCAUGUUUUACUGGUAUUUACUUUUACACUGCUGUGCACUGAUCAGACUUCCAGAAUGAUGGAAAACAUUAAUGCACUGUAAUAGCUACUGCUUUGUCUUGAUUUUAUAUAUAUUUUUUUAACUCUAGAUGGAUACAGUUUUGUUACAGGCCAUCCCAGAAGCAUUUUUAAUAAAGAAUUUGUAUAUGAGAAUGUGUGUGUACUAUACUUCUUACAUCUUUAAAAGCCUCCUUAAUAAUUUGACUUGUGCUGUUAGCUUGAGGAAAACCUAAUGAAAUAUUCAAGUAAGGUCAGAAAGUGAGACAGUAGAUGUCUAGUGAAUCAAAAUUUGCAUGCCUGAGGAAUACAAUUGGCUGCUAUUAUGCAAAAUACUUUCACUAAAGAAAAAUAAUCCUUACAGUUGUGCUAUUAGAGUUAAGGAGUGCCAAUCAUUUCAGAAACCAGACUGUAUUUUCACAUGCUAAUUAGCCAUAGAGUGACCGCAAUCAUUUCUACAUUCUCAUUUAUCAUUUUGUCCUUAUGACUGUUCACUGAGCUCACUCAAUAUUAUGAGUUCUCAUUUGGAAGCUGAAACCUCCAUCCAUGGCUAACAGCUCGAAUAACAAAAUAAAAUAACCUUCUGGCAGUGCCCUUCUGCCAUGCCUGUAAGUUUUUCUGAAGUCAGGCUGUACUGAGGCCUGAGCCGUAGCCUCCACCCUCUGGAUUUUACAGCCAUUCCACAAGUACCAGCCCAGGUGAGCCCUAGAAUGCCCUGCAAGUCAGCAGCCAGCAGCAUUUGUUACAGAGACUUGCUCAUGUGACAACUGAGAAAUGCAUUGAGUCAGCACUGUUACGUGUGGGAUCCAGUAAAAAUGCAACAGACCGCUCAAAACUGCAACUCCUGUGGAGUACAGAGUUCAGAAGACAGAAGAAAUAGAUUUCUUUCCUCCUUAAAUGUAAAAUGUUCCAUCGUAGACUUACGGAGCAAAAGUGUGGGAAAAAGAAAGUGCAAACUGUGCCAAGGAGAAUGAUAUUUCUGAACAAUAGCAGACAGUAGGAAGCAGCCCCUUUGUUGCUUUGUGUUGCAUUUAAUGUGUGGUUCCAACAAGACAAGACUUUGUGCCUCAUUACUUCCCAGGCACUAUUAAGCAAAUACCACUUUUGGCCUGUAGGUAGUGAGGAAGUACUUCUAACAUGCUGGUACCCUAGCAGAGGUAUUUUUCCUACUGGAUGCCAUACAUGCAGGUGUUAGUUAGCUCUCCAAUGACCUUCCAGCUAGCUUGAUAUGUGCCAACUCUGGUGAUGAACCUGCUGUUCAAGGAAGGAGUGGAAAAACAUCUGCGUGGCACACAUGAACUAUUAUUCCUAAAAUCUUUGUAACAAAAAAAAAACAAACACAUUCUUCUUUAUUUUUGCUUUUUUUUUUUCUUUUCAGAGAGAGUUGAUUUUGAUAACCAGUCACACUGAUAGGUUCCUGGAGAUACUGCACAUCAGUCUAGCACCUGCAAGGAAACUGUUGUGCUUGUAUGAGCAGCAGCACUGGUCUUCUUAAGGUAAUGCUGUUAUUCAUGUAUUUUGCCAGUAUGGUAAUUACAUGGGGUUUGAAAUGAAAAGCAUCUGUAUUGUUUUUCUUUAGUGUUUUUGUCUUUGUUGUUGUUUUUACGUACACUAUAUUACCAACAUGUAUUGUUAUAUGGUAUAGUACAAACAUUUACUGAUUGGUGCUGCUUGAAAAUAUAAUCUGGGCUUCAGUGACUCUCAUUAGUUUGGUCUGUGAUGAUUCCUGAUUGAUUGAUUGUUAUUUUCUUAUUGUGUUUUGUUUUGAAAUGCAGCUAUCUUCACAUCCCAAUGUGGGCACUGGGUUCCUUGAUUCUUCAAUUACUUGUUCCUGGUGUAAAUGCUAGCUGUUAAAGGUUGCUCCUGUCCCACCAAAACCACAGCCAGACGUGAAGUGGUCAGAAUAGGUUCCUACUUCUCCUCCCUCUGUCAUCACAAAACUUCUGCAAAGACAGAAGCCUUCUGUGGCAGACAGUGUGCUUUGAGUGAUGAGAAAUAGGUUCCUAGUUGAGGUAUAGUUGAGGUAUACCAAAGAUUAGCUGCUGAACCACUUGGGCAGUUUCAUCUUCAUUCACCUUGGUAGAAACACCUUCCCUGGGUUCUUAUUGCAGUAGUAUUGUCAUUUCAUACUUCAGUGUUCUGCAUACUCAGCAGGAGAAUCUGCAAUCUGCAGUACUUCAGCUCUAGUUUGCUCUAGUAUUAGUUCUUAUUUCCACAUUUCCAUUAUAGACUUGAGCUGCAAAUCAUGUUAAAGAUUUGAGGCUUCACAGCAGAAAUCUAGGCAAUCAGGUUUCCCAUAGAAAGUGUUCUUCACCUUGUCAUGGGAUCAACUGCAAACCCUGGAGUCCAGCAGUGCCAUUCCCAGCAGUCAGGUAGAGCCCCACCUACAAUUUGAUGUAUGUAGCAGAAAAAAUGUUUUGUAAUCAACAAUCUUUGUGAAUAUUAAAAAAAAAAAUCCAAAUGAAAUGAAGCCAUGAGGUAAUACAAAUCAGAGACUCACUCAUCUGCCAAAUCCAAACCAGGUCGUUGAUCAGAUGAUCAGAUAACUGUAGACAGGAUAGGAGAAGAGGCUUCUGAAGACAGAGGAGCAACAUUAGUGAUGGUUUGCCGUAGCGAUGAGGAAUGGAGAGCUGUUAACAAUGAGAUCAGCCAAAUCUUACAUUACCAUCAACAUGCAGGAGGUGUAAUUAAUCUUGGUGGCAAUUUACUCUGUGCUUCAUAAUUGUUUUAAAGGCUGAGUUUGUUGUGCAGCUUUCAGCUGGAUUAGGCAAAAUAGUCGAAGAUCAUUCUGUACUGGCAUCUACUUUAUUAAUGGUAGUGGUUUGCAUAUGUUAUGAACACAAAAUUUAACAUUCACUUUGAAGCAGCUGCUAGCACACGCUCUUCUGGCUGCAUGUGAUUCUUCUGCCACUGAUCACUCCUUCAUGUAGGUGGUCAAUGCAUUUCAGAUGUUGAUAACUGUGUCUACACAAAUGCUUAAGUACUCACUCCUUCCUUUGAGUCAGUCAAAAUGAACCAGGCUCAAGAAACAUGCUGCAAAUAACUGCUAACACUAACCUAAAUAGUCCAUGCUGCAUCUGGUUUUGGGGGAUUAUGAAGAGAGAAAUUAAUGGACAGGUGCAUCAUGUUUGUGCUUGACUGAAAGGCUGGUGGACAGAACCUUCCUUCAUCAAGUGAAAGCUAGUUCACACUGCCCUGUGAAACCAUUCUAUGAAAGGGGAAGAAAUUGCUAUAGCUAUUGCUUUCUGUAAACAAUGGAAGACUUCUAAAGCACACAUCAAAAAUCUAAAAUGAUACAGACUCAGGAACACUCUUUCAGUGCUUGGUAAACAAAUAGGAAGACAAAUAUGUCUGGUGACUUUACCCAGUUUUCCAAUUAUAGUACAGCUAUUUAGUUCUUUGCUUAUCUAGUAAAAGGUAUUAGAAAAAGAGACUGCACAAUGCUGUGCAAAAUAUAAAAAAGAAAGAAUUAUAAACACCUUAGGUUUCAUUCAUUCUUGUCUUACCAAACAUACUGCAGUGUUCUUAUUAAGUGGAAAAGAAGAGAGACCAACUUAAGAAAACCUUUACUUCAGUGAGGCUUCAAAUUUGUAUUUAACUGUAGAACUCUGAACUGCCUGGCAUUCCAAUAUUGAUAACCAAUGAGAGAUUAAAUGCUACUCCUUGUUCCAAGAUGACACCAAGAUGUGUAGCACAGGUAUCUGUAAAUGAAAAUAAAAUUAAAGUGCUGCCAGAAUUUAUUUCUCUGACAAACAGCAACAGGCACUUUGCCAAAUGUAUUCUGAAUUACAAUGCACUAACUUCUUUCUCAUGAUGGGAUACAUUAUGAAAUUCUUCACUGUUUAGUAGUUUAGUCAAUACUUCCUUUGUUGCUUUAUGUGAAAAUGUUCGCAGGUGAAUAAAAUCAUAAACUUCUUCCCAGUAGCACUGCCAAUUCAUGACACUGCCAGCUGAUAGCACUUUACAGCAAUUCUUGCAACUCCUUCCAAUUGAACUUGAGGAGAGCUGGCUCAGAGCUAUGUUACUCUUUUGGCAGCGUCUUCAUACUUUAAGAUGUAUGAAGUCUGAAUAAGAACAUGAAGUUUGUCACUAGUAACCUUUAUCUACAACUACAAGAAUCUGAGCUGCUGUAGUCGUGGAGGUACUGCUGUUAACUCUAUCACAGCUGGUACUUGUCAUGUGCUAGAAACCUCCAUGGCUGUGAGUACCUGGACAGAAAGACACUUCAGUUUUUCUUAUUUAUGUUGUAAACCUAGUUUAAGGACUUUCAUCUACACAAAGAAUCCUUCUUGAGUGGCCUUGCACAAUAUACAGUCUUCUGAUAAGCUAUGCAAAUUAAUUUUCAGACUACCCCUCCAGAAACAGUUUUUGUGUAUUUUGUCUUUGCUGAAUUGCAAUACAAAUCUUCCUUUACUCCUCACCUUGUCUUGACUCUUUUUAAAUCCAAAAAUAUCCCUCUCCAAAUUUCAUUGCUGUAGACUAUGCAACUAGUUCUGUGCGUACUUCCAGCAUAUCUUCCAUCAGUGGUUAUCUGUUGCUACUUAAAAAGCAAGACAAACAGUCAUGCAAACUCUAGAAGUAGUUAAUCUUCAUUUCUAACCUGCAUGCUACUCAUUUCCUAUAUAAGUUAGUUGGUAAAAAGCUAUUUAUUGUUCCUUUGUCAAAAAUUCCUGAAAUAAUCUCUCAUGGAGCAGUCUCACGAAGUACCAAGGAUGUCAAUUCAUCUCUGUUUAAAAUGAAACUCAGAGAACUCAGCUCCUUAUCCGUUUAAACUGACUAAUGCACCUCACCCUGCUGAGUACGCCAGUGUGAGGGUGUCAGAACCUCUCUCAUGCUCUUGUCUCCAGGACAACUGAAAGGGAGCAGCCUAAUCCUAGGAUGACAGAAGCUUUCUGUUCUUAAUGUUAUUUGUUAUCAUUUGUUUGUUUAUUUUUAAUGUGCUUUCCCUAUGAAAUACACAACACAUGACAAAGCUUUUCAGCAAUAUCCUUCAACUGUUAGGCAUGCAUAGUUUAGUUAACUGCCUUAAACUGUUACUACUGCUUCCAUUUAAUCUUUUCCAGCCAAAAAUUGCUCCUCUUGCCUCCUAGUUAUCAUAUCCUAGUUAUUCUUGCUUAUGUUCCUCUGACAGAUUCCAGAAGAUGAGUAAGGUGAGCAGGCACAAUGAAAGUGUUAUCAUCAAACUUUGCAUGUGUAUUUCCAAGAGGUAAGCAGAGCUAACCUUUGGUGUUCUAAUAGAUUCCAUGAAGAGCACUUAGAAGCUGUGCUGUAAUUACUUCCCAUGUCAGGAGAGUUUAUCCCCACAUUUAAUACUGUGCCUAGGUAAUUUAUGACCUCAGGAUGUCCAGCUGGACUAAUAAGACACUUUUACUCCUGCAUGCCACCAGCUGCAGGAGCAUCUGCUCCAUGCUGUAAUGCUAGAAGUUUCAUAGCAGUGUUACAUGGAUAGCAGCUAAUUAUGUCCAUAAGUGAACUGAUGAGCGUUUCCAGGCAGCACGCUGGAAGGAGGAACAAGAGGAGGAAGAAUAUUUGUGUCAUCAGGGAAGGCUUUUUCUUUGUUCUGCAUGCAGUUUCAUCUAGGAAUCAGAAUUGUCCUCUUGUUAGGAUGCACCACAAAACUAUGGAUGUUAUUUAAACUCCAGCACAAGGAGAGAUACAAAGCUGCUGAGUUUAUUUCUUUGUCGCCUUUGGAGGUGUGAAUUUGUUGUGGCACAGUGCCGGUACUACAGAGCAGGGGGGUAACACUGAUGUGCCUUAUAUCUCAGUAGCUAUUUUUUAUGCUGCUUGAACAAUGUGUUCUGACACAAACAGCCUAUUGUUUGCAAUUUCAUGCCAAGAGCUUUGUGUAUGCAAACUUGCAUGCAAAUCAGAUUGAUUUACUAUGUUUCCCUCCAAUGAAAAAGUGAAGGAAGGAAAAAAAAAACAUUUAGCUUCAGCUACACAUUUUCCUAUGAAUAGGGCAGCUAUUAAAUGAUUUAUGGAAAGAAUGCUAAGAAUGCAAUAAGUUCAAAGAAAGUGAAGUGCUAUCUUUCUUCCCUGACAGCUGGGAACCUGGUUAUUUAAUGUUAAUAGUGCCGUCAUCCAACUAGACUCAAACCAUUAUUUGUGCACAAGGUAUAUGUGCAUUUUACUGUAUCACUGCAAGCAGGCAGAUCUCAAAUUACUGGCUUUAUUUUCACUCAAAAAAAACCCAACAAAACCCACAAAAAAAAGUCUAGCAUGAUUCUUGCAAGGAAGGGGAAGAGAAAGGAUGUGGGGUUUGAUGUUUACUCCUGCUCCCUGCCUAUUGCUUUGUUGGGGAAAAGGUGUCUUCAGCUGGAAAUGCAAGUAUUUUAAGAGCUUUCCCUACUUUAGGCCUGCCACAACUCAAAUCCUUGGAUCUCUAAUGGGUCUAAACUAGCACACCUACCUGAAUAUUUCUGUGAGAAAGUACUUUGUGCUGCACUGCAAGCUGUCUGCUAUCAAAGCUCUCUGGAAGACAACAUACAGAACUAAAACUAUGAAGGAUGUCUGUAAUAAGACUAUAUAUAAAUAUUACAGUAUAAUAUACUGAAUUAUAUAUAUAGUAUUGUGACUCUACCGAUAAGGUUAUCUCACAUAUGACCUCAUUACUAAACAGGUGUUUUUUUCAAUUAUUUGACUGUUGCAUUAAGUUUUAUUGAUCCCACAUAUGCUCCAAUGGAAAAUGCAAAGUUCACAAAGCUUGAACUUUUUUCCAGAACCACAAAAUCAUUUCUUGUUCUGCUUGGAAGUAACAAAGAUGAGAUAACUGUGGAUAAUUAUGGAGAGAGAUACUCCCCAAAUCUGGAUUUACGUAAUUCUGUCUCUAUUCACUGUAAGUAAAUACAUGAUAAGAUAAGCAAGCAUGGAGACAAGUCAUUGUUUUCCUGCUACACCAUGUGUAUCCUUCAGUAUUUUUUAUAUGAAAUAGAUGCAGCCAAACAGCAUGACAACCUGAAACCUUCUCCAUGUGAGCAAGGGUCAGUGACAGUCCAGGAUACCUGCAGGCUGCUUGCACUGUGACAUUUCUAUUUUUUGUACAGAAUGUUUGCUAUUUAAAGCAGUUAUUGAAAAAUUAUAUGUUUGGGGAUUUUAUUUAUGCAAAUAAACAUGCAAAGAGGCAUGUUCUUUUAUUCCCUGGAAAGUUGUAAGACGUCCCUUAAGUUUGAAAGCCUACAGUGUAUUCUCAAUCAGGACAUUUUUCCUCCAACAAAGUGUAUUUAACAUUCCUAACCUUGAGCAGCAGGAAAAAAAUAAGGUCACAGCUCUAGAAAAACCUGUUGAUGAUAACUGAUAAUAUGAAAAUGAAGCAGUCAAGCAGGCUGUGGAAAGCAUAGCCUGGAUCUACUUAAAAAAAAAAAAAAAAAAA